UGUUUUAAUACUCACGGAUUCAAUGAAGGGUCUUACUAUUGACUGAUAAGAGAGAGACAGAGAAAGAAAGGGGUUAAAAGAAACUAUAUAAAAAUAGCUUGGCACGUGCUCACCGAGACAUUGACUCAUAAAUUCAUAGUUUUUACUUCUGUAUGACAAAGAAAGAAAGAACUAAAUCAGGUUAAAACCAAGGUUGCCUGUGGCUGUGAUGUGAUUUGGGUGGUUCAAGAAGAGAAGAGAGCGUCUUUGUUGACUCUUCUCUUUACCUUAAUCUUCUGGUUUGUCUCGCUUUUAAAUCAAUGUCCAUCCCUUCCAAAUCUUAUCCACAGGUUACAGAUGAGCAUUGACUCAAUUCUUAAAUUAUAAGCAAGCAUGAAAUUCGGAAUCAAGAAAGGAUGGAAAGCAAUAGUUCCUCUACGCUUGAAAGGCAAAUCAGCGACACGUUUUUCUUUGUUUAUGAAGAUGAAGCCAACUAGCUAUGGACCAGGUCGAGCACCUGUUUAUCUAAAUGUUUACGACUUGACACCAAUGAAUGGCUAUGUCUACUGGGCAGGUCUUGGUAUCUAUCACUCUGGUGUAGAAGUCCAUGGUGUUGAAUAUGCUUUUGGAGCUCAUGACUAUCCAACAAGUGGUGUUUUUGAGGUUGAACCACGGCAGUGCCCAGGCUUCAAGUUCAGGAAGUCAAUAUUCAUUGGGACCACAUGCUUGGACCCUGUUCAGGUUAGAGAGUUCAUGGAGAGACAGUCUGCAAGCUACAAUGGCGAUACAUAUCACUUGAUUGUUAAGAACUGCAAUCAUUUCUGCAAGGACAUUUGUUCUAAGCUGACUGGGAAACCAGUUCCAAAAUGGGUAAAUCGACUAGCAAACAUAGGUUCAAUCUGCAAUUGCAUACUUCCUGAAGCCCUUAAGGUUUCCGCUGUGCGGCAUGACCCUGAUUACCAACAAUUUGAUAGUGACAAAAGGAGGCUGAGAGGUGCGUUUAGUUGUCUGUCUUCAAUCUCAAUGCGGCAGAAGCAGCUGUCAACAUCUUCAUUGUUUCUACAAUCACCCUUAAAGGGCUGCCUACCAACAUGGGAAUUGAGAAGGUCAAAAAAUGGUUCACUGAAGGAGAGUUGAGAUAUAACUGCUUGAAGAUGUUUCAUUAGCAUUCAUGAUGAUUGGUGAUCAAGAUCCCUAAGCUUGAUGACAGAAAUUUGUUUACAUAUAUGCCAACAUGGGAAGUCUGCCAUAGCUUAUAUUCUUCUGGUUUUGCAAGUUUUCGCCAUUGUUGGUUGUCUUUGUCUGGCCUCUGUUAGAAAUCAUUAAGAUGGCAAGAUCAACGAAGAAUCUCGAUGGAUCAAUGGCAUUGCCAUCUUUGAAAUGUACAUUGCUCAUAACUCAAGUGUUAUUUUUCAUGUCAUUUAUUUUCAUCAAUUUGUAAUUACUGUCAAGUUAAACGCCUGUUAUCUAGACCUGACCUGUGAGCACUGGCCUUGUUCACAGGCUUCAGAGCUCUCUUUAUGGGUUCGCACCUAUUUAGUAAAUACUUGUUUUAUACACUAA